CCGCUACUAAUUUUGUAAUCAAGCUUCUUUAAAACUCUCCCUCGGAUUUUUUAAUUGGAGAACGAGAGUUUUAGAGGGCGAGAGAGAGAGAGGCGGCAAAUAAAGUUUGGCUCUUGCUACCGGAGUACUGAAGCGCUAACAGAGUUCGACAGAGGAAAAUUUAUUGAAAGAGAUGAAGAUUGCAGUAGAAGGGUGCAUGCAUGGUGACCUUGACAGUGUGUAUGCAACUGUAUUACAUUUGCAAGAGGUAGAGAAGACCCAAAUUGACCUUCUCAUCUGCUGUGGUGACUUUCAGGCUGUUAGGAAUGAGAAUGAUUUAGAAAGCAUGAGUGUGCCACGAAAAUACCGAAGCAUGAAUUCUUUCUGGAAGUACUAUUCAGGAGAAAAAGUUGCUCCAUUUCCAACUAUAUUCAUUGGUGGGAAUCAUGAAGCAUCCAAUUACCUGUGGGAACUAUACUAUGGAGGAUGGGCAGCACCAAAUAUAUACUUCUUGGGCUUUGCUGGAGUGGUCAAGUUUGGUAACAUCCGAAUUGGUGGUCUCUCUGGAAUUUAUAAAAGCCACCACUAUCAUUUAGGACACUAUGAGAGGCUGCCUUAUAAUGAGAGGGAUAUCAAAUCUAUAUAUCAUGUUCGUGAGUAUGAUGUUCACAAGCUCAUGCAAGUUGAUGAACCGAUUGAUAUUUUUCUUUCACAUGAUUGGCCUAUUGAUAUCACUGACUAUGGGAACUUGGAAGACCUUCUUCAGAAAAAACCAUUUUUCGAGAAAGAGAUUCAGGAAAGAACCCUGGGAAGUAAAGCUGCUGCUGUAUUGCUGGAUAAAUUGAAACCUCCUUAUUGGUUUUCAGCUCACUUACAUUGCAAAUUCGCUGCUCUGGUUCAACAUGGAGAGCCAAACCAAGUCACAAAAUUUCUUGCACUUGAUAAGUGCCUCCCAGGACGCAAAUUUUUGCAGGUUAUUGAAAUUGAAUCGGAGCCAGGACCUUAUGAGUUUCAGUAUGAUGAAGAAUGGCUUGCGAUCACGCGGAAGUACAAUUCUAUCUUGCCUUUAACCAUUAAACCUGCAAACUUUAGGAAUGUACAGCUUGAUAUGAAAGAAUGUCGUCAGUGGGUCAGAAAUAGACUACAAACAAGAGGGGCUAAACUUUUUGAAUUUGUGCAGACAGUUCCAUGCCACGUUCCCUCUGAGUCUUUUUCUAGAGUGUUCUCCUCUGCAGGUCAUCAUCGGAAUCCUCAAACAGAAGCUUUAUUGCAGCUUCUAGAACUUCCUUAUCUUCUUGAUAGCGCAUUAGAGUCAAGGGAGCUAACUCAUAGCUCGGCCUCCUUUAUUUCCGGAGGUUUUGUUGACUAUAACAGUGAUGACAGUCCCAAUGAUGAUGUGGAUGAAAUAGAAGAACUUGCAAGAGUUGAUGCAGAAACCUAGAAAGGAAUUCAGUGAAGUUUGUGUUUGGGAUGGCUUGUCACGCCAAGGAAGCAAGGUAUGGUCUUCAAUUGUUUGGCCACGCCCUUGAAAGAUGAGCUAUCAUCAAGAAUUACCUUACCUUGAUUUCCUUCAAAGUGCAUGCGUGCACGAUGUCGUUCAUAUAUUUUGGUAGCACAAAUUGGCCAAUGCAGGAAUCUCAACUCUGACCCCAACUAAAAAUUAUUGUAUUUGUAGUUGUUGCAUAUAUUAGAUAUGGUCACACACACACAUAUAUAUAUAUAUAUAUAUAUAUAUGUAUUGGAUUGCUUCCCCCACUCCCUUUAUGAUAUUGUUGCUUCCUGUAGUUGUUGUUGGAUUGCAUGGGUCUUAGAAGUCACAUUUUUUUCUUCUUAAUUGAAAUGUGGUUUUAAUUAUUCACAUCAAUCAUUUGCAGUUGGAACUC